AUACGGAUAAAUACGGAGGGUAUCCAGGUUGCAAAAUUAAAAAUGGCUGUUACAUUUGAAUGUCUGUGAACUAAUCUAAAGCUAGCUAACUUGUGUCUACUUGAACAAAGACAACCACGCACCAUAGAACACUAUUGCUGAAGCCUGGGCGUGUGAUUUUCGAAACUGCUGAGUAUUACUGACCAAGCAAAUUUCAGGAUUGCGUAACCUUAUUCUUAGUUAAUUAUCUCAUGAACACUUGACUUUUGAAACAUAGCUACUGAGAAAGAUGGGAGCCUUUUUAGAGAAACCUAUAACCGAGAAGAAAACAGACGAAGGAGUGGGCAAAGGCCUCAAGUAUGGAGUGUCAGCCAUGCAGGGUUGGAGAAAAGAAAUGGAGGACAAGCAUGUGUGCUCAACAAACUUCAGUCUACCAGAGCAUGCCUUUUUUGGAGUGUUUGAUGGUCACGCAGGAGUUGGAGCUUCAACGUACUGUUCUGAAAACCUAUUAAUCCGUGUUGUCGAACUCCUCAAGGACAAACCUACUCCUAGCAUAGAAGAAAUAAAAACUGCCUUGAGUGCAGGAUUUCUUGCUCUUGACGUGGACCUCAGAAAAGUACCUGGUUGGUCAUCAGGGGAGAUUCGUGGCGGAACUACGGCAGUCACAGUCAUGAUCACACCGGACAAGAUAAUCUGGGGCAAUUGCGGCGACUCUCGAGGGAUUUUGUGUCGAUCUGGCGAAGUCCAUUUUGUAACUCAAGACCACAAGCCCAGCAACGACGGAGAGAGAAAAAGAAUCGAAAAAGCCGGUGGUUCGGUUAUGAUGCAACGUGUUAACGGAUCUCUUGCCGUCUCAAGAGCUUUGGGGGACUUUGAGUUUAAGAUGGUCGAUGACUUGGGGCCAACAGAGCAGCUGGUAUCCCCCGAGCCAGAGAUGACUGUCCUGGACCGAGAUAACGAACACGAUGAGUUUUUGUUACUCGCCUGUGAUGGUGUGUAUGAUGUCAUGUCAAAUGAAGAAGUAAUUAAAUUUGUUGGUAACAAGCUCAAGCUAACGUCUAAUCUUCCUCAAAUUUGCAGUGACUUGAUUGAUUUGUGUCUGCACAAGAACAGCCGUGACAACAUGAGUGUGAUCCUGAUCACCUUUGAGGGGGCACCCCAGGUGUCGGAGGAGGCUAUUGCAGAGGAUAAGAAGCUACAAGAGAAAGUUCACGCUUUCAUCAGGGAAGUGAUUAAAAAGCUAGUAGAAGUUGCCAGUGACCCUCUAGAGUUGGAGGAAAACGAAGUUCUCAUGAGAGUGGGGGAGGCAGCCAAAACUGAUGAAGUGCUAUUAGAGUAUGACUUCUCCUCACAGAGACCAUUUGUGGUGGAUGUUCUGGCAGAAAAGAAAAAAGAGAAAUUUGGGGAGCCACGAAAUUAUGACGGCCCUACUGACGCCUCAGAGGCUCCAUCCGACUUCUUUUUUCGACAUCCAGCAGAUGAUAUUUUCCCUUCUCAACCCCCACCUACUGUACCGAUGGAAGAGGGUGGUAGCGAUUCGCCGCUGAUUACAGAGAACCCCCCAACAACAGACGGCCUAUCUUCUCCUCUACAAACUGAUAGCAGUACUAACUCGGUGUAAUUUGUUCACCUCUACUAGCUCUAGAGUAUGUCUUUAAAAGUGUACGUAUGCUAGUGUUUAUUAAGAUAACGAGUUUCAGCCUGGUUGUGUUUGUGUUGUGUGUUGUGCUUGAACUGGGCAUUGGUACUUACUGGAUUUUACAUUGCUGAUCGUGUGUGACUGUAGUCAGUUUAUAUAAUUUCUGUGAUAAAUGUGCACACACUUAUAUUAAUACUUAUAUGCAACUUUCA